GCGAAAUUUCAGCAGACACAAGCGCCACACACCUUGUGCGGGCUGCAACAAAACCACGCGGCGGCUGCAAAACCACGCGGCGGCUGCUCAGCACACAACACAGCACAGCACCCAACGGCCACCACCACCAGCCAGCCACGAUGACCAAGCCUGCGGCGAUCCAGAAGGAUCUGGCCGAGGAUCGCGCAUGCGCGGCUCCUCCUCCCUUUACCCUUGGCGACCUCAAGCGGGCCAUCCCAGCGCACUGCUUCGAGCGCAACACGUGGACCUCGCUCCGCUACAUAGCGCAGGACAUGGCUGGCGCCGCCGUCCUGUACUACCUGUCCACGUUCAUUGACCAGCCCGGCGUGCCCACGUGGGCGCGCUUUGUGCUGUGGCCGCUCUACUGGUGGUGCCAGGGUGUUGUGCUCACGGGCCUGUGGGUGAUUGCACACGAGUGCGGUCACCGCGCGUUUUCCCCCAACGAGACCUUUGGCGAUUUCAUCGGCAUGAUGCUCCACAGCAUGCUCCUUGUGCCUUACCAUCCAUGGAGGAUCAGCCACGCCAAGCACCACGCACGCACCAACCACAUUGAUGAGGACGAGGUGUUCAUUCCCGAGCGCAAGUCCCAAGUCGGCGACAUGACCCCUUACGAGGACAUGCCCGGCAUUGUGUCGUUUGCUCAGCGCGUGUUUGAGAUGGGCCGCAUGCUGGUAUUUGGCUGGCCCACGUAUCUGCUCAUGCACGUGACCGGCCGCGACUACGGACGCCACACCGACCACUUUAGCCCCUACUCCCCGCUCUUCUCCGAGAAGGAGCGGGUCCAGGUCAUCCUCAGCGACAUUGUGCUCUUCUCCUGGGUGGGCGCCCUCUUCCUUGCCGGUCACGCAUAUGGCCUGGCCUGGCUGACCAAGGUGUACCUGGUGCCGUACCUGUGGGUCAACUUUUGGCUCGUGCUCAUCACCUUCCUCCAGCACACGGACACGCGCGUGCCGCACUUCAGCUCCCGCGAGUGGACGUGGCUGCGCGGCGCCCUGUGCACCGUCGACCGCGACUACGGCGUCCUCAACCACUUCCACCACCACAUUGCCGACACGCACGUCGUGCACCACCUGUUCAGCCGCAUGCCCCACUACCACGCCGAGGAGGCCACCCGCGCCGUCAAGCCGCUCCUGGGCAAGUACUACGUCGAGCCCAACGUCGCCCCAGGCCUUCUGGGCAUCGUGCAGUCGCUCUGGUCUGCCUUCACCUACUGCCGUGCAGUCGAUGACAGCAAGGACGUCAUGUGGUUCCUCGACAGGUGAUGGGCCGCCGCCGCUGCUGCUGCUAGUGCUGCUGCUGCGACUGGCGGUUUUGUUGGUUUGCACCCCCUUCCCUUUCCCUCCUUGUGCGUGUGUGCGUCCGACUGCGACCACAUCAAGCCAGCACUCCAAGUCAUUGCGUCCAAGUCAUUGCAUCGCAUCCAAAGCCGUUGCAUCUCCUCCACCCCUUGUUCCAUGCGCUUCUUGCUCACCAUCCUUUUCCAACAUCCACCACAUGUUCUGAAAGUUUCAUGUGUUCAUUGACACCAUGCAAUCACAAGCCCUGCUCACAGGAUGGCUUUGCUGGCUUCAAGCGAGCCGUUUCUACCUGCCUUGCCUGGCAUGAUGUAUGUCGACUGAAUGCUCUUAUCUUCGUACUGUCUUGACUCCUGAUCCUGUCGCUGUUCCGUGACCCUCCUUGUUUUGUCGUGUGUUUAUCUUGUUCACUCUUCGCUUCGCCUCUUAUUGCCACCAUUAGCCCCAGUGACAACCCCGUACAUAGCAUCACUAUACAUGUAUCCAUGAGUCGCAGCGAUUGGCAUUAAUGGUCGUGAUGUCAAUGAUACGUGACAUGACAGCACUGUCCUUCGCCCCACGAUCAUACAUGGCCACUCAUGGUGACUGACCAC